AGCGAGUCCUCCUCUCCCCUUUACUCCCAGGAUGUCGGUGUUGCCUCCAAACCGUUCCCAGACCGGGUGGCCCCGCGGGGUGAAUCAGUUCGGUAACAAAUACAUCCAACAAACCAAGCCUCUCACCCUGGAGAGAACCAUCAACCUGUAUCCCCUUACAAAUUACACUUUUGGCACCAAAGAGCCUUUGUAUGAAAAGGACAGUUCAGUGGCUGCAAGGUUCCAGCGCAUGCGCGAGGAGUUUGAUAAGAUCGGGAUGCGACGCACUGUAGAAGGGGUUCUUAUUGUACAUGAACACAGAUUGCCUCAUGUGCUCUUACUGCAACUGGGCACCACCUUCUUCAAACUGCCUGGAGGAGAACUCAAUCCAGGAGAGGAUGAGGUGGAAGGUUUGAAACGUUUAAUGACAGAAAUACUUGGCCGUCAAGAUGGAGUUCAGCAGGACUGGGUUAUUGAUGACUGUAUUGGAAAUUGGUGGAGGCCCAACUUUGAACCUCCUCAGUAUCCAUACAUUCCUGCUCAUAUUACAAAACCUAAAGAACACAAGAAAUUGUUCCUAGUUCAGUUGCAGGAGAAAGCACUAUUUGCUGUGCCCAAAAAUUACAAACUUGUUGCAGCCCCUUUAUUUGAAUUGUACGACAAUGCUCCUGGAUAUGGCCCCAUCAUUUCAAGUCUCCCACAGCUUCUUAGCAGGUUUAAUUUUAUUUACAACUGAGCAUUAUCUAGAGGUCAUCAAAGAAAUUUGUGGAUGAAGCGGUCUCUGUGAGCACAGCUUUAUAGUUUGUAAAAAUGAAACGUUUCAGCAGGUUUUUUUCUUUAAAAUUCACUUGUUGCCGUCAGAAAAACAAGACUCUGCAGUGAAACACAGCAGCAAGACAUUAGUGUUUUAAUUUUUUUUUUUAUUUUCAUGAUGUCACUCACUUUUCUUACAUCAUUAAAACUGGAUUAUUUCAUCUA